GUGUGUCACGUGACUCACCAGUGUUCUUUCUCGUUACUCGGUCUGCCUUGGGCGCAUUUCUCGUGCAAUCAAAAUUUGGAAAAGGCCGCUCAGCUCUCAGCAAACUAUCAAAUCUUACGCAACACUCUAGGCCUAAGUCGUAUCGACAUCACACUUCAGUCAGCAAAUCAAGAGAACGGAGAGGGUUGUCGUUCGUGGGUCGACUGCGCGCUGCAGAGAGGGGGCAAACGUUAUUGGUCUCCCUCCAGACUCCAGGAGCGGGGAGAGAGCACAGUACAGCUGCACGAGAAGAUCACGUCGCCUGGGAGUUCCGACUGAGUGACUCGCUCUUACCUGCCGCAUAUAGAACACCAUGGCGAAAGAAGUGGUACGUUGUCAAUUUUUUCGUGUGCACUAAUCCGUAUCAUCUAACUCUCUCUCUCUCUCUCUCUCUCUCUCUCUCUCUGAGAUGUCGUCGUAGUGACGGAUUUUAAAUUAUAUUUUCAAUCUCUGCCUUUCGGCUUUCAUAUUUGCUCCACUUUAUAAAAAUACCACAAUGCGGGUGUUCGUGUUGUGCCCCUGAAACUGUUGUGUUAGUGAAAGUGAUAAGCCUUAUUCUUGUGUUGUAAACUUGUGCUGGUUGCACAGAAUCCGAGAACAGUGGAGAUAAAAGUGUUUCAAAUUCUCCGUAUCCCAAAGCGGUUUUUCACAUGUUGUGGACUUCUUAUUUUUAUAUGAUCUCAGUAUUCGGACAGCUUUACCUUUGACUACAUUCCAUUCAUUCAUACCCAAAGACUUACAACCAGGUGAGACAUGUGCCUGCACUACUGACACUUGUUGUAUCCAUUUGUCGUUCGGAGUCAUCGUAUGCUAAACGACCCCCGUCUCAAAGAAAGCUAAGGUAGACGGCUUUGAGGUGCUUGUCUCUUGUUGAUAAAUGAAACACGCUUCUUGGACUUAUUCCAACGCGUUCCUUUACACUUUGUAGUUUUCUGUCCUAUCUUACAAACGGGAAGAGGAUUCUGUAGUUUGUCCCUUUCAACGACCGGGUUUCAUCUCAAUUUCUCAAUGGGGUCAACCUGCGCCAAACAGUCUGUUUCUGUGACCCUACCAUCUCCCGUGGGCCAGACUCAGAGCGCGGAGAAAGAUACAGGAAGAGUUCCCCCAGUCGGCCAGUCGCCCUCGCUGGCCACAAAACACACCGAUGAGUCCAAACCCACGGGUCACUUGAACGAGGCCGAGCCUAAAGUAGCGGUAACGGGUGAGGAUGGCAGAACUCACGAGGGAGUUCGGAAUACUGCUGAGAAACCGCCUGUCUUCCACGGAAAUGGCGACCAGGAAGGGAACAAGGAUAUUGAGACUGGGGAGAAGAAAUCGCAGUUAAUUAAUGAAGGGUCAUCUCAGAGUACCGCUGUGAGUGGGGCUAGUUCGAACCCUGACAAGAAUGGAAAGGGAGAUGUUCAGACUGGAGAAGAUAUUACUUCCAGCUCCGGUGAAGUUUCUCUCAGUGACUCUGUACCUGAUGGGAACGCCGAAGACUCUGCGAGUCGUUUUACAGACCAUCAAAAUGUGCCUGAAACUCUGUCGUCUGUGAGAGAGCUGGAGAAUGGAUGCGACUCUGGUUUAGAGGACGAGGACGACAACGGUGUCGGGGAUGAGGAGGGAGAAAGCCGACCGGCUCCUGCCGUAAGUUGGGCGGCGUUGUACUUGUCGUAGAGUAAGAGAGACUUGAUGUCUGCUUUGCUUGAGGUUGCGGUGCUCGUUUGUCGUAUUUACAGCGCGUCUUUCGUCGGGCGACCGCAGGAUGCUGCCGUAGAUCGGGAUGUGAAAGUCCCGUGCUUGUACCCCUGUCAUGUAUCCAGACCCGCGUUUGCCAACCUGGGUAGACUUAGCCACCAGUGGGCGAGUGGUCAUUUGUUUUGUUUUAGUAAGUUUUUACGGCGCUUGCAACUGCAUAAGGUCAUAUGAGCGCCAAAUUAGUGAUCUAGAUGGACGAUGGGGAUCACCACGGGUAGUGAAAGCCGUUAUUUAAUGCCUCGUUUGGAAUUGCGUAGCUCAGCGGUACGAACGUUUUAGCCUCUUAAAGGUGACGAAAGUGGGUGCUGGUUGUAAAAAGGUUGACAAGCCCUGGUAU